AUGCCGACCGUGGUGCUGAUGGACGUGUCGCUGUCGAUGACGCGGCCGGUGCCCCUGGAGGGCACUGAGGAGUUCCAGCGCAAGAACCUGGCGGCGCACGGGCUGACCAUGCUGUUCGAGCACAUGGCCACCAACUACCGGCUGGAGUUCACAGCGCUGGUGGCCUUCUCCUCUCUGUGGGAGCUCAUGGUGCCCUUCACCCGGGACUACAACACGCUGCAGGAGGCCCUCAGCAAUGUGGAAGAUUACGAUAAGACGUGCCUGGAGUCCGCUCUGCAAGGAGUCAGCAAUAUCGUGCAGCAGGAGUGGGGCAGUUCCUGUCCCUGCCAGGUGGUGCUGGUGACGGACGGGGCCCUGGGCAUUGGGAGGGGCUCCCUGCGCCACUCCCUGCUCACCCUGAAGCAGCGCGGCGAGGACAAGAAGUUCCCUCUGCCCUUCCCUUUCCCCUCCAAGCUCUACAUCAUGUGUAUCGCCAGCCUGGAGGAGCUGCAGAGCACCGACGCCCUGGACAACUUGGAGCAUCUGGUGAGCGUGAAUGGUGGGGACGGGCAGGUGUUCGCUGUGGAGGGGCCGCUGUGCCUGAAGAACGUGCAGGCCAUGUUUGGGAAGCUGAUCGACCACGCGUACUCGCCCUUCCACGCCGUGCUGCGCUGCGGGCACCUGUCCUCCGACGUGCAGGUGUUCCCCCGGCCCGAGCCCAUCCUGAUCGACGAGGAGGUGGACCCCCUCCCCAAGGCCAUCGCCACGGAUCUCGAAAUUGUGGGGUUCAUAGAGAUUGCGGACAUUUCCAGUCCUCCGGUUCUUUCCAGACACCUGGUGCUGCCUAUCGCCGUGAGCAAAGAGGGAGAUGAAUUAGGUGCGAGUGCUCCUGAUGACACGGAGGAUGAGAACUCGGUCAAUCAGAUGGCAGGGAAAAGCCCAAAUUUCUGUGUCCUGUUGCACGGCAGCCUCAAAGUGGAAGGAAUGGUGGCGCUGGUCCAACUGGGGCUGGACUGGUACGGCAUGCUGUACUCCCAGGCGGACAGCAAGAAGAAGUCAAACCUGAUGAUGUCGCUGUUCGAGCCAGGUCCUGAGCCGCUGCCCUGGCUGGGGAGGAUCUCCCAGCUCGGGCCCAUUUCAGAUGCCAAAGAAAACCCCUAUGGAGACGACGACAGCAAAAGCCCCUUCCCCCUGCAGCCCAAGAACAAGCGCAGCUACGCACAGAACGUCACUGUGUGGAUCAAGCCCAGCGGACUGCAGACCGAUGUGCAGAAGAUUCUGAGGAAUGCCAGGAAGCUGCCAGAGAAGACCCAGACUUUUUACAAGGAGCUGAACCGGCUGCGGAAGGCGGCUCUGGCCCUGGGCUUCUGGGAGCUGCUGAAGGGGGUGGCGGAGCUGCUGGAGCGCGAGUGCACGCUGCUGCCCGACACGGCGCACCCCGACGCCGCCUUCCAGCUCUCGCACGCCGCGCAGCAGCUCAAGCUGGCCAGCACGGGCGACUCGCAGUACGCCGCCUUCGCCCACAACAUCACGCCCAUGCCCACCGACUUCUCCGGGGGCGCCGGCAGCGGGGACAGGAUGUAGAGAGGCCCGAGGGCCCCGCCGCCCAUCUCUCUGAGGCCCGGAGGCCGAUCCCGCUCGCCGCCGGCGCAGGCUGUUCGCGGGCCUUGGCGAAAGGGCGGAUUCAGGAUUGAAAAGCUUUGCGUGAGCAGAGCGGAGACUCCAGACCUCCAGUUGCCCAACCGGAAAGGAACGCCUCCCAUUUGAACCUCUCCCCACCCUGCCCACUGCUGACGUCUUCAACACUGGGCCUGAGGAUUCCCGAUCCCAGUACAGGAAACACGGAAGACACGGACACGCCUCGGGAACCAGGGCGGCCAGACAGCUUAGGAAAAGCAAGGACUUCUGAAGUAGCGAAUCCGAGGAAUGAGUCUCGGCUGCAGUGCAGUAGGUGUGCAGUCUGUCUUGCUUAAUGGUUAGUGAGAAAUGUGAGGUCACAGUCAAGGUCUUUUAUAUUGUAAGGUUUUUGUACAUAUUUUUUUAUAGAUAUAUUGUAAUUAAAAUAGAAAAACAAGAAAUUGGGUGGAUUUUUAGUUCUGAAAGAAAGUUGGGGUGAAUCUGCAGGCCUCCCCUUCUCUGUGAGGGGACUGGUCAUGUGGUGCUCAGAGCAAGGAGUGAGUGGCACUGGGGCCUCCCUGAAACAGAUAU